AUGUCGACGAUCGGAAAGGAGGACAUUUAUGAAUCUGACGGCGCCGCUACUCAAGUUUCGAAGAACGAACAAGAAAAUGAUUCACCAAGUCAUCCAGAUAUUGAACUGGUUCGUGUAACAGCUUGUUCUAUCUUUUCACAUACCGAAUUCAGGUUUCCGUAGACGUCGACGAAGCCCUGAAGAAGUACAAGAACCGCGUUCUCAACUUGACUUCUAUUGGUUUGUUCUGACAUGUGUCCAGCAGAAUAUCACUUUUCUCUUCAGAUUUCUCCGAUUCCAUCGCUAAAAAGCGUCGUCAUGCUUUCGGUAACAAUCAAUAUGUCUUGGAAGUUGCCGGCUCCGGUAAAAUCCACCUUCUGACUCAAAAUGCUGUUCUUUAUUCAGGUUACUCGGGUCAUGAGACUCCAGCUGAGAAACUGAAUCGAAUUCUGUACGAAAUCGCCGAUUUGAACGAGCAACUGCGCAGCGACGAUAAUGUCAAGACGGAUCUUCUGAAUGCUGAAGUUCUCGAUCAUCUGGCGUCUGAAGUGAAGACUCUGCAAGUGGCUCAGACGAACGGACUUCCCGCGAAGGUGGAUCACGAUGUCGACCUGCCAAAAGUGCGCUCUGAUCCGAAAGUGGCGACUCUCGAGAACAGACUCAGACGGAUCGAACAGGCAAUUGGAAGCUCCGUGGUCCCCUCCGCUCCAGUCCUUGACACUGUGGAGGAUCUCAAAUUGAGGUAAACUCAAAUUGUUUUUUCUUCUCUUAUAAAUUCAAUUCAGAUGCGAAACCCUCAAUCAUUCGUACGUCUCCGGUUUGGAGCAACGUCUGAAUGUGAUGCUGACGAAGCUUGAGAAGAUAGAGGAGACGCGCGCGAACACGGAUAUCGAUGAAAACCUCGAGAAGAAAGUCAACGAGAUUCUGGAGCUGAUGCAGAAAUGGGAUGUGGCUUGCUCUUCUCUCCCAAGCAAUGUCAACAAAGUGAAGGCUUUGAACAGAUUGCACGAACAAGCACAGCAUUUUGCCAGCGGGCUCUCGCACCUCAAAACGAUACGUGAGAAGUUGGAGAAGGAGGUGAUGCAGGGAAGAGAGGCAAUUAUUGAGUACGAGGUAAGAAGAAAUACACUGGAAAUAAGAUGACCGUAAAAAUAUUCAGACGAACGGAAAGCAGGAGAUCGGAUCGGUUGUCGAGAAACUGAAACUGCUCGAGGCGAAGGUCGCCGGAUUGAAGUAA